CAAUAUUCUGGUUGCCGGAGUAUGCGGUCUAACAAUCUGUGUAACAAAUAUACUGCAAAUAGCUUACUAAAUAUUCCUAUAUGUUGAUUUGAUUUGAGCUCUGAAUAUGGAAAAUUUACGCUAAAAAAUAGGAAAGGCCGAAAUAUGGAAGAACUGUCCGAAUUAUUCGAAAAGUUGAAGCUCAACUUCGAGCAGACGAAAGAAGUUGACUUAGGAACCGCUGAUUCAAUCAUAACUGCUCUGCAAAGAAAAGAAGGUAAGCCUAAAUUUCUUAUCUAUAAAACUUAAAAUUGUUUAGGACAAAUUAUUGAAAGUUUCAAGGUCCUUAAAGUAUAUUCCUUUUGAUUCCUUUUCAAAGAAAAAUCGAAAAUCGAAAAAUGUCUAAUUCUCGACAUUGUUUCUAUUAUGUUUCUGUUUUACCAUUUUUGUCAUAAUAAGCAGAAGUUUGGAGUUUUUAUGCUUGAAUUUGAAAACAUUUAGGGGCAAGCAGUUCUGUUCAGCAAUUUAAGUUGGGGAGUAAUGUAGAGUUCUUAAAUCUUUGUAGCCACUUUGGGGUGGGGUAUAAGUAAUAUAAGGGGUGGGGCGGUAUUAAGUAAGUCUAAGAUUAUUUACUUUCUGCAAGUGCUCGUACUUGUCACCGAAAAUGUACACGUUUAGUUACUUUUAUGUAUUAUUUCUUUAUAUUGAGGCUUACUGAUUAUUCAUCUCGGCUCAAACAUUUACAUAGUUUUUUGUCGUGAAAAUUCAGUAUUGAGAUGAAAUAACAUACUUAACUCAGAUCAUUAUUUUAUUGUAUAGAGAACUAUACAUGACGAUGUUAUGUCUGAGUAAACAUUCCUGGAAGCAACCAUGUUCUUCUUCCUAAGAUACCAAGUCCAAGAUUGUCCUCUGUUUUAUUUUAUUAAUUUUAUUAUUAUAAUAUUUUCAUUUAUUUUAUUCAAAUCACACUGAACGUCCUUUAUGGUCUGGGGGGGGGGGGGCAGGGGAAGGGAACUCUCUUAUUUGGACUCAACAGGUAUGUGCUGGCAAACAUGGCACCCUGCCCCUAAGCUUUAUGAAAGCCCAUUUUUUUUAGUUAAACCCCACAAUACUCUCCUGCAUGUUGUUGAUCUUUUAAGAGGAGUUGUUGGUAUAUAAAUUUGUUAUAUAUCUUUGUUAUAUCUUUAUUUUAGAACAAUUUGAUGAAGCAACAAUCCAGAAAAUUCUUGAAGCCAUCCAGGUGUUGAUGGAAAUAGAUGUACCUGAGAGCAAAGCUAAAGUGUUAAUGCUGAUUGCAGAGCUUGCAAAAGCAGGUCAGAACAAGUUAUGGGGGUAGACGAGCUCUUUUGUUUGGGUGAGCGAAGUGAGCUGCGCAAGAAAGCGCAAGGGUGCGCAGAUUCAUGUACUAAAGUCCCUUGUAGCCGAUCCCUCACAUGGCACAAAACUGCCGUGCUGGAGAGCAACAGAUGCACUGGGAUAGGAAAACAGGAAAUAACCAUUUUGAAAUAAUGUAAGCCUUUUGCUUGUCUUAGUGCGUCACUUGCUCUCUUGCUCUCCUGAAUGACGAUUUUGUACCAUGUGAAUGACUGUAGCUGCAAAGAACCUAUUGGUUUAGAGGGCAUUAAUCAUGAGUUCAAGCAAGGUGUCCAAGGAAAUAAUUUGCAAACAAAUUAAUGUUUUAUCCAUGCUAAGGUUGAAACUCAGUCAAAUCAAUGUUUAUGGUCAACUCUCUUUAAUGUGCAUCUCUCUAAAAUGAAAAGCUCAAGCUGGUCCCUACUAUUUGUGGGUCAGUUUUUGGACUCUUUAUGAGGUGGAUCGAUAAGAUGGAUUGUUAAAGGUUACAUUUGAUCUCAGGUUAAAAUUUUUUAACCUAGGUUGAUUCUCAAUUUCCUUUGCCUUCUAGGGCUAGGAGACAUUGGAAAUUGAGAUUUAACCUCAGUUAAAUCAAAAUUAACCUGAAAUCAAGUUUGACCUUCAACAUGGACAAUAAGUGUGAGUCCCUACAUUGUUCAUCUGCUGCAGAGUUGACUGAAAAGUAACAGGUGCUUCCUAAUAGACAGCAUACAGUAGGGCUUAUUUUUUUUUCACCCCUCAACUACCACCAGGCCAUCCUCUUUUUUUCUCCCUUAGUGUUGUCUGACGGACCCAAAUUUUUGUGUUCCCUCAUCCCCCAAAAGAUUUUGAAAACAGUCAUUUUUGCAUAAUUAAUCAUACAGAUUAUUUUACAGCACUUAUUAAUGCUAAAUGUCAACGAAUAACUUCUCUUUUGGUAAAAAUUUGUGAUUUCAUUUCAGAGGAGAGCAGAGUUCCAUGUGUAAAGGUAGGGCUUAUUACUACGAUCUUAUCCCUCCUUGAAAGUGAGGAUUCAAAUGUUGUUUUGCAAGCCUUAAGAGCCAUUGGAAAUAUCAGCUAUGAAAAUGGUAAGUGUACAUUUUGUGGGUAAAAUCCAUACUCGGGUUAAUCCAGAAUUUUUUUGUCUUGAGUGAGUAAUUAGGGCUAGAAAACAAAGCAAUUUCUUGUCUUGAAAGUUAAUUUUCUAAAAAAUUACAUGUAGCACUGAACAUUUGUGAUCAUCAACCUCUCCCAGUACAGUUUUGCCUCAGAAGUCCAUUACUUUAUCUUCAAGUGUAUUUUGUUUUCCUUGGAGAUAUGAAAUCAUUAUAUUUCUUUAAAACCAUCAGAUGGCCAAGGGUUUAUUAGGGUGGAAUAUGAGUGUAAGUGCAGUGGCAAUCAAGUGAUAUUUUUUGUUGUAGAGCAAGCAAAAUCAGUGUUAUUAGAGAACAAAGGAGCUGAGAAGAUUGUGAAGACUCUUGGAGUUCUGGAGAAGAGCUUUGAUGAGAAAAGUGAUAACAGAGUAGAGCUAGCUGCAUGUGGCUCCAUGCUGAACGUGGCAAGUGAUGAUGGUAUGGAGAAAAAACUUCAGUUUUCACCAACAGUUUAUUUUGCAGAUAUUUUUGGGAAGUGUGGAAAAAUGGUUAACUGUAUCCAAUGAAGAAAAAAAGGGUGGCCAACAAUCCAAGCUUAAGGAGGGUUUGAAUAUCAUCAAGGGUUACGUACAAACUGUAACAUCAUGGCUACCGUCCUUUUAUGGGAAUACUUGGAUUUCUAUCUCCUGCCUGGGCCUGCUGGCCGAUUCCUUCCCUCAAAUCAUGGAAAAGUGUAAGAAACAGGUUUUUUGAAAGUGUGAGAGUUUGCUCAUUGUCAUCAUAGAGCUCAUAGAUGAGAUGACAUCAGUAAGCAUGCUGGUUUGGGUUUUUGCUACUUUUUUCCAUUUUUCACCCUUUUCAGGUUUUCUUUCAUAUCCCUCUUAGAGGGGAGUGAAUAGGCGAACGGAUUGGCAGAUUUUGAAAAUAUUUUUGCCCGGAUUUUGGAUUCAAAGCGAGAUUUUAAUGGGUUUCCGGAUCCUGCAAUUGCAGCAGAUUGCGGAUUCUUCCUUUUUCUGGACCCGAAUUUUGGACUUUGCGUGUAAUAAAAGUAUUUUUGCCCGGAUUUCGGAUUCAGGCGAAAUUUUAACGGUGGAUUUGCUUAAUAAAUCAUAACGGAUCGGUGGAUUUGCAUACCCCUAUUCACUGCUCUCCUCUUAUUCCUGUCCCAUUUUUCACCUCUUGCCCACCAACACUCUGAUCAUAACAUUAUAUUUUGAUGCAUAAUGCUCGGUAUUUAUUGUUACAGAGGCUCUAGCCGAUGAGGCAGUAUCCUUUGGAGCAGUUUCGUUUCUGUUUGGCUUUGUUAAGCAAAGUCUUCAUUGCAAUCCAUGUCUCUGUAGGAUGGCUUUGUCAGCAUUAUCUGUGCUCGUCUUGUCAGGUAAAUGAUAACGUUUUGAAGGACCCUGUAAAAAAUAAGUCAAUUUUAGAAUGAAACUCUCCUAGGGGGUUACAUAUGCCCUUAGUCUGAAUUUCAAACCUGUCGUUUUAUUGUAGUUGCGCUUUUCUCUGUUGCUGCCACAGUUUCAAGCCAUCUUUGUGUGGUUUUUCCCCAAUUCUGCUGUCCUAAGCCACUCUUUCAAGGCCAUGUUGCUAGUUGGAAUACCCUAACAGGGCCUCCAGAAUAGCUAUGGACUCUGUUAAGGGGGCCUACAAUUUUUAAUUACAUAUUCGAGGAGAGGAGCUAGAAAGGAAGAAAAAAUUGUUUCCGUAUUUAUUUUCCCAAAUUAUGACAGCACAAAGUUCAGCCAAAUUAAAAAGAUGUAGUUCAUUUCCCUAAACUUUUGUGAUUGGAUACUUAUGUUGUUGUUAGUAUAUUUGAUGAAGACCAUUGUUAUUUUGUUUCUAUAGGAAUGGUUAAAGUGAGAGAGAGUAAUAGAGGAACAUAAAAGUUUUUAUAGCCCAAAAGAUGGAGGCCUUUUUUACUAUUUAAUGCUGUUGUCAACUAGCUGCUGGCUCGGCUAGCACUGUUGGUUAUUCUAGGCAGCCAGUACUCUAAUUUUACUUUCAAUAUUUUCAUUUUUGUAAUUUAUUUUUAAGCAAAAGUGAGUCCAAAUAAAGAUUGUUGUUGUUGUUGCUGAGUAGAUUAUUUGCUUGCCUUCACAGAUAAGGGAAAGGCAAGUUUUUUGGAGAGUGAAGGUGUGGCCAUUUUAAAGAAGGUUGCACAGGAAUCAGAUGACAAUGAACUGAUUGACUUGGUGUUUGAGAUUCUGUCCUCUGUUAUAAUUGAUGGUAAAUUUGGUUUUUUUCUUGCAACCCUCUUUUGGAAGGAAAAUAGACCUGAGUGAGCAGCUAAAUGUUAAACCUACAAGCAAGAUUGAAUUAGUGAUUUUUUUGUGUUUGAGUAAGUUCAGGCAACUCUCUUGUAAUAGACAUUUCUAUAAGAUGGACGCCUUGGUAAAACAAACACCUAGAGUUGGCCCCUGCCUUUCUUUACCCCUUUUAGUUGACUAUCUAUAAGACGGACAUCACUCUUUGACGGACACUUAAAAGUAUCCUUCUUAGAGAGGGCUGACUGAAAUUAAAAGUACUGGUAACAAGAGGAAAAACUAUUGGUAGUUAAAAAUGUUUUUAAAAUGGGUAUUUCAGUAAACUCCCCAAAUUUCCACUGAUCAAACCUUCCAUGGAACAUCAUAAUGCUGAUGUAAUCUUUUGUGAAAAAUUAUUAUUCUUUUUUUCUCAUCAGAUAAUGUGAAGAAAGCCCUUGCUCAGCAUGGGUUUGCUGAACAUCUGGCAAAUGUUGUAUCUUCAUUGCAAAAUGAAAAGGAUGAAUAUUUACAGCAAAGAGUGCAGUCAUCAGCUGACUUCAUUGUAAUGCUACUUAUUGAAGGUUAUAAGAUUGUCUGUAUUCUUAAUCUGUUGUACCUUCCAUCUGAGCUGUAAGCCUCCCUCUGCCAGGACUGCAAAUAAUAAUUUUGUCUUUUAGAAAGGACAUACAUGUAUGUCAAACAAAAUUUACCAAUGAAUUCAUUUAGUCAGACAAACCUGACAAGUUGUUAGAUGUACCAUAUAUUGAAUUUCAGUUCCUUUAAGUACUAGCCUAACGUUAGUCUUCAGCUCCAAAAUGAUAGUCAUUGACAUUUGACCUGUCUGUUUAUUAUGUUUUACUGCAUCUAGGAUUUUGCAGGAUGUUUGCAAAUUUUAAAGGGACUUGUCCAAUGUCUGACUGUGAUUUGCAACUCUCCCUUUUCCUGACAAGACUCCUUGAGAAGAACAGUUUUUGAAUGGCUUUUCAAAGAACAAAUUAUCUUACAGGUCAAAAUUAAAUCCAGGUUGCUGAAAUUAUUUAAACUAGGUCGCCUCUCAAUUUCCUCUGUCCCGUAGCCCCUAUUAAUGAAUUGUUAAGUCUAAGAGACAGAGAAAAUUGAGAAAUAUACUAGGUUAAAAAAUAUUAACCUGAACUUAAUUUUGACCUGUAACAAAAUAAUAAUAUUAUUUUGUAUUUUGUUCUUCAAUGCAGAUGAAAGCAUGAAAAUGUUGUUCAGUGAAGGCAAUGGUCCUGUUUUAAAAACAUGUUUAUCUUGGUUGUCAUCUGGAGAUCAACAUCUUGAGAUUUCUGGUUGUCUGGCUCUUGGAAACUUUGGUAGAUCAGGUAUGAAGCAAACGUAUACCACCGUUAUCAUUCAGGGGAUGUCAUCAUAGAUAAAAUGUAUAUGGGGUUUUCUAUCCAACAGGGUAUGUUGAAGCCCUGUUAGGGUAAAAUUUGGACAAACAGCAUAGCCUUGAAAGGGCAUCAAAAGACAUUAUUUUGAAAUGGUGAUAAAUGAACAGCGGUGAAGACAUAUACCAACAGGGUGAAAGGAAAUUUGACCCUCCACAAAACAGUACCCAAGAAAUCUUAACCCUUGCCCCCAAAUUUGCUAGCUCUCCCCCCAUGGAAUUAAUGGCCACUCCCUAAAAUUACACCAACACAGACAUGACUUCCUCUUCAAUACUCAAAAUGACAAGUUUUGAAAUACUUAAGACGAGGGACAUACCUACCCCUCUCCCCUUAAGAGGGCCUCUGUUUUGUUAUUUUGACAUACAAAGCUCUACUCUUGUCUCUCCAUAGAUGAAAACUGCAUCAAGCUUGUGGAGCAAGGGGCUCAUAAAUAUUUGCUGCAACUACUUGCACGAACUUCAAACAGCGAGGUAACAGGGAUGAAAUAAAUAAAUAAUGAUUUGGAGGUAGUACAUCCACAAAGUGGUUCUUCGUCUACCUGAUUCCUGGUCGAAUUGGAAUUUGGAAAAUGCUGGUUUUUGAGGAGAGGGGAAAACUGGAGUACCCGGAGAAAAACCUCUCGGAGCAAACGAGAGAACCAACGACAAACUCAACCCACAUAUGGUGUCGACGCCGGGAUUUGAUCCCUGGCCACAUUGGUGGGAGGCGAGCGCUCUCACCACUGCGCCAUCCCUUGCUUAAACAGCUGUGUUAUAUCUAUCUUGUAUUGAAUUGUUGCCUUGCUUUUUGUGCUCAUUCCUUUCCUGGACUGCAAAAGAAAAUCAACUCCAAAUGUUGAAAGAGCGUGGCACUAUUAUACGUGAUCUUUGAAUAUUCCAGGAGGAGGCACUAGAGAAGCAGUAUUUAUUAAACUCCACAUCUCCUUUGCCACUUUGAACAUUGCACUGCCGAAAGCAAUAUAAAAUGAAUUUUUUCCCACAUAAAUUGCCAAUGAAAUGACAACAAUAGUGGUAUUUUUGUCUCUGUCCUCAGAACCCUGGUAGACAUCAACAGGCCGUUUUUAGUGCACUGAAGAAUCUUUCCAUGCCAGGUGAGUUGGCCAUGUAGCUGAUAAAAGUACACAAUGGGUGAUGAUGAUGAUGAUGAACUUUAUUCAUGUGUCGAUGUAUUUAGCUGACGCUAAUUGGGGACACUACAUAAAGAUAAAAUAAAUAAUAAAUAAUAUCAUAAAUAAAAGAUAAGAAAUAAAAAGCUAUAAAAAAAGCUAUAGUAUAAUCCUAUAUAUAUUAUAUAUACAUUUACAAUAUGCUAAAAUAAUCAAAACAAUUCUAGGAACACGGGCACAACUUAAGAGGUACAAAUUACGCACGCAGAGCAAUUGUUGCCAUAUAUCAGUUCAGUAAGUUCCUUACAUCUAAUAUGAAACUUAAACCAAGAUAGGCUGCUCGUUUCAGUGAUGUUUGAUGUGACAUUAGCUUUAUAAGAUUUAAUGUGCUUUUGGCAUCGGCUUGGUUGACAUCAAUGGGUUGGACAUUCGACACAUGAUCAACCUCGUUUCCAGUGUCUCUUGUCGCGAGCUGUAAGAGUAGAAACACUGGCAACAAGAUUUUUUUCACUCAAGCGGCUGUUCAUCUUAUGUACAUCUAGUCACACAGUAACAUGAGCUUAGUAAUCGCAUGCACUACUCGAAAGUGAAAUUUGCACAACGUAAAAAGCUCUACCUUUGAAUUAACUCAAGACUAAUUUUGACUUCACUACAGACUUUUAUUUUUAUAGCUCUCAACAAGGUGAAGCUUGUAGACAACUCAAAAGUGAAAUUUGCACCACGUUUUCAGGCCGCUAAUUUUGAAUUCACUCCAGAGUAAUUUUGACCUCACUCCAGAUUUUUAAUUUUUUUAGCUGUCAACAAGGUAACGCUUGUAGAGAGUGGAUGUUUGGAUGUCAUUCUUCCUCUUCUGUCCACCCAGUCUCCCUUUGUUCAGUUUAAAGUCCUUGGUACACUGCGCAUGCUCCUGAUGGGUCAAUGUAAGUUUACACUUUAUAACCUUAGCAGUACCUGAUAUACCACCUCAUAUAUGAUGACUGAUACACUCAACCUUUUAAAGAAGGAAUGAUUGUGACCUUAUUUAAGGCAUUGAAUUGUGUGAUGAAGAGGUUACUCAAUUUUUUUCUCAAUUUUUGAUGCCCAGUUUCGCCAAUGUCCCGGUAACCUUUUUAUACCCAGAAAGCUCUUUUUACAUUUAAGAUUCAAGUUUUAACUGUUUGUUUACUUAGGUUUUAAGGUUCAAGUUUUAACUGUUUGUUUACUUAGGUUUUCGAGUAGUCCCCAUUUUUGUAGUCUUAUAUAUCGCGCGAUAAGGCGACACGCGGCGGGCUCAUUUUUCUCUCUCCCCGCCGCGUGUCGUUUGAAUGAGUGUCAUAAUGUUAACUCUUAGGUGUUACGUGUAUAAAUAUACUACCUACUUAGUAUUAAAGCAACGUUAGAACACGCACUACAGUUCUUUAGUUUUUAAUUCUAUUAGAGCAACGUUCUCGUGAAAACUUUUUAUCAUCAGAUCUGUGGGCACCUUUUGAGGGGGUGCGGGGGGCAUCCUCGUUAACGUGUGCAGGAAUCAAGGUCUUCCUUCACAGUAAUCAUUUCUACUGUAUUACGUCAUAGCUGCUGUAGCCAAUAGGAUUGCUGCGAGUAACGAGCACAUAAACACCUUAGUUCGGUGCUGUGAGUCCAGCGGUCAUGAAGGAGUUAAAGCUGAGGCUAGCAGAAUGUUAGCAUUGAUUGUCAAGGAGUCAAAAACUGCAGGUUAGUAACAGAUUUGUAGUACAGAGGGAAAAUAAGUUUCGUGAGGGUGGGGCAGCGGAUGUUCAUGGAAGCAGAUGCUCAUGCAAAAAAUAAAGAAUGACUAUUUUCCAAUGGCUUUUUGAGCUACUUCCUUUUUCUUUUACGUUGACUAGUAUAGGGUAUUUCCUGAUUGUUUAGUAAACGCAGAAUGUUUAUACCGUUUAUGUUUUACCGUUUAUGAGAAAUCAUUAAUAUUAUCAUCAGAUUUAAAUAAUUAAUAUCUUGUUUGUAUGUUGACGCAUUACUCUUCGUUGUCACCUGCAGAAGUCGCAGAACAAAUUAUAAAAUGCGGAGGACUGGCGCCCAUCGUUGCCAUGGUAUCGUCGGAACAUGACGUCAUGCAGAAUGAAGCCUUGAUAGCUUUGACAAUAAUUUCGUCCACAGUUAAAGGUUGAAUUUCUAGUUCCAUUUGUUUGCGUGUGUGUGUGAAUGUGAUGUGUGGAGCCGGAAGUACAAGGCUGUGGAAGUAACUGUAUUUGUGAAAAAAAAGAAAAAACAUACUUGUCCAAUACUCCAACAAUUUUAUGCAUGGCUUUGUUAAAUUUCUCUUUGUUUUCACUUUUGCUUCGUUCUUCAUUGUUAUGCUUUUUUACAGUGUAGUAAUGUGAAGACAAUACAAUGCAAUGCCACGCAUAAGUUUGUCUGAGUAUUGGACGACCCUCACAAGAAAGAAAUCCCAGGGAAUUUAUGACAUGCUAUCAGGCGUUUAUUUUGAAGGGAGGGGAAGAACUUUCUUGGGAGAGAGACUUAAAGAAAAAUUUAAGGGAGGACAUGUUCGCAGGCCAAGGAAUGGACCAAUUCCUGAAUAAAAUAAAUGAAAAGUUCACGCCGUACUCUACCACCAGUCUGGGGCGGGUAAUAGGCUUCUGCACCUGUUCAAACGAAAGUAUUAAAAACUAGUCUGACUCCUGUCUAAUCAAGCUCAGCCCUAAAAGAAAUUUGAAACUCCAUCUUAAAACUCCAUCGCAACACGUGCCACUUAAUUACGUAUAAACAGUCGUUGUAUCUUCCUCGAUCGUUAACGAGUAGAAACUCGACUAGAAAACUUAGAUUACAACUCAUUCCCAAUCUUACUUGUUUUAGCGCGAAUUUGUGACUUAAGACUACGGUGCAGUAGACACGAGUCUUCAUACCCAAGCCCUUGCGUACGCUUGGCGCUCGUCUGUGAAAGAAGGAGGACGCCUGGGUAUUAGAACGUACUAUAUGUUUGCUAUGAUAAUGAUAUGGUUAUCGCUGUGAUUUUGCUUUGUUUAUUUUUUCAACAGCCGACUUCUAUCCUAAAUUCAGAGAAACUGGAAUCAUUCAAACACUCAUUAAGAUUAUUAAAAAACAAGGCAUCAAUCCCCAGACCUGUUACAAUGCGAUGGCUGUCUUGGAAUCAUUUUCUCUCAGAGGUUUGUUGUGUUUAUCUGUUACUUUAGUUUCUUGUCUUUUACACCGAAAAGGAAACAAAGAAAAGAGUUUUUUUUUUUCGUCGGUGGGGUAGUCCUUGUUGUUGUCAUUAAUUCCGAACAUUACCGAAGGCCUUCCGAGGAUUUAUCGUAGUUUCUAAUGGAAGGACUGGAUUUUCAAUUUUGUAUCCCAUUCUGCCUGUACAUGUAGCUGUCGUUCAAUUCGACCAUGCAAAUGAACGUUAAGUGACUUAUCUGAGGAAAACAGCGAGUUUUGUUCAGAAAUUGGUGAGAAACAAAACUAACCAGUUAUCUGAGAGAUCAGUCAUGGAUUGUUGUAAGGAAGGGGUCUGAAAAAAAAUUAAAGGUUAAUAUUGGCGGUUAUUUCACUGGUACCUUCUGAGGUCAUGUACGUAGUUGUUGACUCUUUGGCGGGAAUCACUUUCCUCUUUAGUUAUCAUGUGACAUCGAAGUAGCCAAUGAGGACCUGCGCUUUCGAGAAAAAGAUUUUAGGUGUUACACUAAUACAGGUGGAUACUUACAAACGCUCUUCUUUGCAGGUUAUUUCCGUCGGGACUUAGAAAUAGCCGGACUCAAUCAGGCGCUGGAUGAUCUCACGACUCACGAAAAUCUAAACGUUAAGAAAAGAGCUUUGAUUAUUCUCACAAGGAUUAAGGCUCAGAAGAUUGCUGCGGAGCAGGAAUAAGCGAUUGGAUUAGAGACUCGUCGAUGAAGUUUUCUUCAUAUUUCAAGGUGACAUGUUGUUAUGGAAAGUGGUAGACCACCCUCGUAGCCAGCGUCUUCGUUCCCCAUGACCAGCGGUCGGGAAACACUUGUUUCUUCAACUCAGCAUGUGCAAUACGGGACGAAGAUUCGAGGUACACGGUAAAUGAGAGACGCUUCACAUCGAGAAUUACUACCCACGACGUGCUAAUUUUCUUCACGUAUCAUGGUGCCUAAUUCUUGUGAGAACGAGAGGGAAACUCUGCUGGGGUGUCGUGCAGCUCUUCAAGAGAUUUGUCAUAAAACAAUAAAGAACCUUUAAAAUGGAACUAACCGUAGUUUUGAUAAGCAAUGGAACUGCAUACCACCAGGGACCUGUGUUAGAUAUUACAUUGCGUGGUAUUGAAUGCGACACGUCAUAUCAGCUGAAAGGCACCCUCGUUCUCAGGUUUUCUUUCGUUAUCUUACGUUAUCCUACGUCACAUGAGGAUCGAGUGACGUUGGAGGACGCUUAGCUGGAAACGAGGCUGAGCAAAAAGCUUAUUUGUAGGAUAUCCCGGUGUUUAUUCAAAAGCGCGAUAAUAUAUUAUGAAUUUCUAACAGGUAUUAUAUAGAGUUCCCUGUGUUGCUGGAAAAUGUUUUUUCGAAAUUUCAAUUAUGCCUAUUUUCUUUAGAUAAGAGAAAGAACGAGACGUACCAUAUGACUGGUUUUCAAUAGCAAGUCCAAGGUGCGAUAGUCAAACUAGAGAAAUUUGCCUCAGUGACUUAGGUAUUUAAUUAAAUAUAUCUGUUUAUGAAAAUAACUGUUAGGGUUAAAACAGGAAUUUUAAUUUUUAAAGAACGGAAAAGAGUUUGGUCAUAUUUCACAGAGUUCCUUGUAAGUAAGGAUACGAGAUAAUUCUAAAAGCUAGCCCAACCCUGUAGUAUCUGAAAAAAAGCGUUAACCUGUAAAACGUCUCGGAUAAGGUUGUAUUAUUUUAACGUCUCAAUUAAACGUUAGUAAAAUUUCAAAUUGAAGAUAUUUGAAAAGUUUCAUUUUGUCUUUUUGUUGUUUUGGUGUGAAUGUACAAAUAACAGUGUCAAAUAUUAUCGUGCUCUUUUACAGGAGUGUAAAAAAAUAAUUAUAUUGAAAAAAUGAAUUAGCGACGGUAAAAGUCAGAAAGAGUCGCAAUCCUAGCUGUAUGAACGUUAAGCUUUUUUCCUUUAUUUGAAACGUACUUAAACUGAUGUAAGCUGAAGAAAGAUUAAUAAUCUUAGUGUACGUGUCAUUAUUGCACAGUAUAUGUGUCUUACUACUUGAGUAAUGAAAUAUUAACCGGUAUCCACCACAAGAGGUCCCUAAAUACCUCUAUCGCAUGUGUCUUGAUGUUUUCUUUCUCUAAUCGCAAUCAUGGGCUGAAACGUUUCUUACUAAUUGGUUGCUUUAGACGUUAAGUUAUUGCAAUGAAUAUCACUGCCUAACACAAUCUCCACGCGUCAAUAGGAGCUUACACAGUGAAUAUUAAAUCGAGUCGCAUAGUUAAGAUUGUCUGAAUUUGGAAAUUUGUAUUCGAAUUGGAUGUGUUGAUUAUUUGGAACAGUUACAGCACAGAGUACUAUAGAUCUUUAGUUUCUUUUAUCUUUUUUCUUUUUAGUUAGAAAGUCCUCGACGGAUUUUGAAUCUUGAGACGAAUUAAAGUAAAGCGGCGAUGAAUAAAUUAUCCACCUG